CUCAGGAGCCGUGCUGCGCAGCGGGGCUGGGACAUUCCUGGUCUGACGAACACGCUCGCCGCUGCCAUGAUUUGCUGAGCGGCUCCAGCUCGGCUUCAAAGAUGCGUGCGUGGAGGAGGCAGCGCGGACACGGAGCGCCAGCGCCGCCGGAGCGACACUGACUGACUGACUGAGCGCGCGCGGGCGGACGGAACGCCGUCGAUCCAGCUGGAGGGAGGGGGGCUGGAAGGAGUCGCACCUUCUCACGGCUCUGGGAGAACUCUCUCCCCCUCCCGCCUCCCACUUUCCUGCCGUCACCUCGCACUUUGAGCCCGGCUCUCAUGGAGGGGCCCGUUCGGAUUUCCCGGCAGAAUAAUGCGUCUGGCUGCUAAGAGUCCCGACGGUUCUCCGCGGCUGCGCUCCUGCGAGAGAGGUUUUCUGAAGAGACGAAGGCGUAGGAACCGGACGGUACGGCUGCUGGCAGGGGUCAAAAAGCACCAUGGACAGGGGCCUGAGGGUCCUCCUGUCCACUGUGCUGUGUCUCAGCCACACCCUGCUCGUCAGCUGCUCAUCUCAGUAUCCGUCUUUCCUCACCGAGCCGUCCUCUGUGGUUCGGAGUCCGGGCUCCGCUGUUCGUCUCAAGUGUCUAGUUAGUCCUUCAUCUGCGUCCGUUUCCUGGCGCUUCCAGGGCCUCCCCCUGGAGAAGAACCUGCUGCUUGGCGUGGAGCUCAGACGGAGCUCCCUCAUCAUCUCCUCCCUCACAUCCAGCCACGCCGGCGUCUAUCAGUGCGUGGCACGCUUGGACCACGGGCCGGCCGUGGUCAGCCGCCUGGCUCGUGUGGCCGUAGCAGAAAUAUCACAAUAUAAAGAUGACCAGCAGCAGCUGCUGUCCGCGCAGGAAGGCGGGACAGUCCGAUUAGACUGUCCUCUACCGCACAGCGUCCCUCCAGCCCAUCCCAGACUGAAGGUUCGAGGGAGCUGGAUGGAAACGUCAAAAGAUAAUUAUUUAGUCCUUCCAUCGGGGAGCUUGCAGAUCGUUUCCGUCACGGCGGAGGACCGUGGCGUUUACAGAUGUGGUGCCAUCAACCCUGUUACCAAGGAAACGGUCCAGUCUCAUGGGAUCAAGCUAUCAAUCGAGCCUUCACCGCGGUCCUCCGAGGUUCUGGUCCAGUACCCCACGGCCCCACAGACGUUCUCGGUCCAGCGGUCGCAGCCGCUGACGCUGGAGUGCGUUGUCUCUGGAAGUCCGACACCCACAGUCCGAUGGUUCAAAAACCACAAGGAGUUCACACUGGAGGCGACUCACAGGCGGCGCCACAACAACCUGGAGUUCCUGGCGCUGGGGAGCGCAGAUGAAGGAACGUACGCCUGCGGGGUCGACGGCGAGAGCGGGAUUGUGAUGGGAGCCGACUAUACUGUGAAUGUUCUCGAACCCGUCUACAUCCUGGAGAACCUGGUAGACCAACACCUGCCUGUUGGCUCGUCUGCUCAUUUCACCUGCCUGGCUAAAGGAAGCCCCUCCCCAAACAUCACCUGGCUGUUCAAUGCCGAACCCAUCCGGCCGUCGCCCCGUUUCCAAAUGUCCGGAUCCUCGCUGGUCGUUACAGACGUGACCUCUCAGGAUCAGGGAGUGUACCAGUGUCUGCUGGACAACGGGAUUGGCUCGGCUCAGUCACAUGGGACGCUCACAACACUGGGGGAUCCAAAGCUGGCCUCUACAGUCUCCGCCCUCCCCGAGGCUUCGCCGUCACUCCACCCAAUACAGAGCGACGAAGGUCUCGAUCGCUUCCUGACCGACGACGACACCGCCAUUGACCCGCCGGCCGACAGAAGCGGCGACCGCCCCACUCCGGAAGCACCAAUUAUCAUCAGCCCGCCGCAGACUCACAAACCCGACGUGUACGACCUGGAGUGGAGGGCGGGGCGUGACGGAGGCAGCGCCAUCAACGCAUACUUUGUAAAAUACAGAAAAGUGGACGAGAUGGGGACGGUGGUGGGAAACUGGCAAACGGUUCGCGUCCCGGGCAGCGAGAAAACCCUGCGGCUCUCGGAGCUGGAGCCCUCCAGCCUCUACGAGGUCCUGAUGGUGUCUCGAAACGCGGCCGGCGAAGGCCAGCCGGCCAUGCUGACGUUCCGCACCGGGAAGGAAAAAAGCACCUCCUCCAACAAGAACCCCUCCAAGCCUCCUGUCGUCUCCCUGCCGCCCAAAGCGACGGAGGACAGAACCGCCAACACGCACUUCGGAGUGGUGCUGGGGGAUCAUUCACCCGACAGAGUCCCGGAGGCGCCGGACCGGCCCACUAUCUCCAUGGCAACGGAGAGUUCGGCGUACGUCACCUGGAUCCCGCGUGCAAACGGCGGGUCUCCCAUCACGGCGUUUCGCGUGGAGUACCGGCGCGGCCGCAGCGCGGAGUGGCUGGUGGCGGCGGAUAACAUCUCACCUCUGAAGCUGUCGGUGGAAAUCCGGAAUCUGGAGCCGGGCUCCAUCUACAAGUUCCGGGUGGUGGCCAUGAACACGUACGGCGAGAGCCCCCACAGCAUCCCCUCCAAGCCCUACCAGGUGCCACACUCCAGCCCCCGCAUGUCCGAGCGGCCCGUGGUCGGGCCUCACAUCUCGUCCACGGACGCCAUCAGCGACACGCAGAUCAUGCUGCGCUGGAAAUAUAGCCCCUCCAGUAACAACAACACCCCCAUCCAGGGCUUCUACAUCUACUACCGGCCCACAGACAGCGACAACGACAGCGACUACAAGAGGGACGUGGUGGAAGGUGCAAAGAACUCGCACAUGAUCGGGCACCUGCAGCCCGAGACGUCCUACGACAUCAAGAUGCAGUGCUUCAACGACGGCGGGCAGAGCGAGUACAGCAACGUCAUGAUCUGCGAGACCAAAGCUCGUCAGUCGCCGGGGGCGCCCAGCCAGCACCCCAUCACCCCCCCGGACCCACAGGCGCCGGAGCCCCCGAGCCCCCCGGGAGGACUGCUGUACCUGAUCGUGGGCUGCGUUCUGGGAGUGAUGGUGCUCAUCCUGCUGGCUUUCAUCGCCAUGUGUCUGUGGAGGAACCGGCAGCAGAACAGUAUGCACAAGUACGACCCCUCCAGUUACCCCCCCAGCAUGUACCAGCCAUCAGAGAUGAACGGCCACGUCCUGGAGUACACCGCUCUGACGCCGGCCGCCGCCCACAUCAACGGCGGCCUCCACGGAGGUUACGGACACGCCGGCCAGAUGCUGCCCCAGGGCUGCCACCACCUCCACCACAAGCUCCCCAACGGCCUGGCGCUGCUCAACGGCUCGGGCGGCUUGUUCUCGCCGGGCCUCCCGCACGGACACGACGGCGCUCGAGACUGCGAGCGCUCGCACCCCCACCACCUCUUGAACGGCGGGGGCGUGUACACCGCUCUUCCUCAGACGGAGUCUUCGGACUGCAUGAGCUGCCAGAACCUCUGCAACAACAACAGUAGAUGCUACAACAAGACCAACGGCACUUUCCCCAACGGCACUCUGAUGCACCGCGCCGCGCCCUGCCAGCAGGACGGGCUGGAGAUGGUUCCUCUGGGUCAAGCUCUGUCGCCGUGCCUCGGCUCCGAGCCAGACGACGGCGGUGACCUCGAGGAGUCCCCGCCCUCACAGCAUUCCCGCUGCCUCAGCAAUGAAGACUCGCCGACUGACAGCUCCGCGGACGAGCCCGAGUGCGUGGACGUGGAGGAGCCGGUGGUGUGCUGGGAGAGCCUGGGCCUGCCAGACUUGGACUGUGACGUGAAGCCCGUCUGGAUCUCCGGCAGCGGUCUGUCUGGAGAUCUGAUCCAAGCCGGCCCGCAGGAGGCCUGAACACUCCGAGAGGAUCCCACACCAGAGACACUGUUGGGGUGACGUGGACAGAGGAUCGGAGACGUGACAGAGACACGAAAACCAAACCCGCUGGAGGACAGACUCACAAACUUUUUAGAUGACUUAUUUAUUUUUUUGUAGUAGUAAAGUAUUAUUUCAUAUGAAUGUAUCUGUUAAAAGAAAAAAAGUUUGUCUUUUAUAUUAUUUAUGCCUUUUGAAUGAGAAAUACUUUUUUAUUUUUGGCAGUUUUGUCCCUCUGUGUUCCACUACAGCGUGAAGAUUAGCAACUGUCUGUGUAAAGUUUUGUAAUAAUAUAAAAAGACGAUAUGGAAGGGUCGAGCCGA